UUCUUUACAGUGGCUGAAUUAAAGUGUGCUGUUCAGUGUUAUGCUUGGGGUAAGAUUGGUUUAACUAGCACUGUAGCACAGCUCGCUCAGCAAAGUCCCUCAUUUAAGCUAGAAGAGGACAAACCAUAUUCUGAGGUAUGAUUUCAGACUGAUAUUUAAACUCAGCUUUUAUUCAGCUUUUUCUAGCUAUAUACUGACUUGUCUUCACUUUUAUUCAUUCUCUUUACAGUUUUGGAUGGGAACGCAUCCAAAUGGACCAUCAACAGUGCUCGGCAAAGGAAAAGAGAUUUUGUUGUCUGAGUGGAUUGAAUCUAAUAAAGAUGUUCUUGGUGAGGCCGUUAAAGAGGCAUUUGACAGCAAACUGCCGUUCUUGUUGAAGGUGUUAUCGGUUAACAAAGCAUUGUCAAUUCAAGCACAUCCAAACAAAGUUCAUGCUGCCUUUCUUCAUAGGGAGAGACCUGAAAUAUACAAAGAUCCUAACCACAAGCCAGAGAUGGCAAUUGGUAAGAACGAGUGAAUUUAUGAAAAUACAGUUGAACGUCCUGUAAGUGACCACCCAAAAUGCAAAGACUGAGUGGUUGCUUAUGGGAGGUGGUCGCUUACAAGAAUUGAACCACAGGGUGCCUCUUUUGUUAAGAGGUCCGGACAAAUCUUCUUUAUGGAGGAUAAGUUAUUGCAUGAAAUUUCUAAGUUACGGCAUGUGUACGUCCAUGUUGUUACUUAAGUUCUUUGUAUAUUCAAAGUAUCACAGCGCACAGAUCAGAGAAAGCUUUAAGUGGUGGCUUACAAGAGGUUAAACAAUAGAAAAUCAUGAAACUUUCAGGCCCAAAAAGUAGUCGCGGUCACUUACUGGAGUUGGUCAUUUACCAGAGGUUUCAACUGUAAGGGUUUGACUGGGAAAGUUUUGGUGUUUUGGAUGAGUGGUUGCUUAAAUGGGAGGUGGUCGCUUACAAGAGGUGGUCGCACAUGGAGGUUCAAUUGUAUUAUUAGGAAGAUAAUUACUGGAAAAUUUCAUCAACCUUCCUAUUGCAUUCUUUUCUGUUACAAACAGCGUUGACCCCUUUUGAAGGUCUUUGUGGUUUUCGCCCAUUGGCUGAAAUUCAGAACUUUGUGAAGACCAUACCAGAGCUGGCUGCUGUCAUUGGACAAGAAGCAGCUGAUGCUGUUGCUGCUAGUGCUUCAGGUUUGUGUACUAAGGGAUUUUUUAUCCAAGAAGUCAAGAGAGGGUGUUUUUAUAGAUACAAGCUGUGUGGAAGCUGUACUGGUACUUCUGCUACUGUGAGGAGUGGUGUUUUUUAUCAGUUUAGUCUGGGAUGGUUAUAGAUAUCACGGUCUAUCCAAGGCAUGCCUAUUAUUUUGUUUUUGUUAUCCCCAAAAAGGCCCUAGCUGGGUGAGGGGGUGGGGGCAAGGGGGGAUUUCGUCAUGAGUUCAUGAACAACAAUUUUGCAUUUCAUGAGUCGCGAAACAAAUAGUGUAUUUGAAUUUCGGCCACGUGUUUGGGUGAUCUCUGCGUGGCUAUAAAUUCCCUAGGGAAGCCAGCUGUAGGUGGGUCUGAGCGCACUGAAGAGUGAAGUUACAUCAAAAGACUCAAAGGUGAAGUUAAAUCAACCCGCCAGAUGCUAGUUAAGAUAGUUUGGCCAAAUUAAUGAUUUAAUUUCUUCAAUUCAUCUUCAAUGUACAUGAACAGUAAAGAGGAUUUUGGCAGUUCAUGUUUCACGGGGUGCACUUCAAUCAUGAUUCACAAAACAGUUUUUCAGUAAAUCAAGAUUCACCAACACCAAAAAUUGUCGAUCACAGCUUCACAGAAAUAAGCUUGUCCCCCCACCCCCCUUGGUAAGUAUGUGGUAUGGUAUGUCAGGUUUCACUGUUUAGCAAUAUGACAGUGCCUGGGUGGUAAAGCCACUCUCAGGGUUGUCAAAAUUACAGAUUGCACUCUAGUUGGGCUUCACCAACCUCGCCCCCCCCCCCUCCCCACUCACACACACGUAUCUCUGUUGAAAAAAUGAAGUGAAUGAAUUUUUCACAGGUUCUGAUGGCCUAAAGAAAGCUUUCACUGCACUUAUGACAUGCAGCCCGGCUGUUAUCUCUUUACAACUCAAUAAAUUGUUGAAGAGAAUCACAGAAAAGAAAUCCUCGGGUGAUGACUUGUCCACUUAUUGUGGAGAACUUCUUCUGAGGCUAAACAGCCAAUUUCCUGGAGAUGGUGGUUGUUUUUGUAUUUAUUUCUUAAACUACAUUGUCCUUAAACCUGGAGAAGCUAUGUUUCUUGGGCCAAACCUGCCUCAUGCCUAUCUAGCUGGAGGUAAGAACUAUGAUGAUCUCACUUGACUGAUAGGUUCCAUCCACAUUUUGUUUUCUGGAUAUUUUGCACUGGGCUUCACAAAAUUAGUUUUUGUAAUACCAUCACUUUGUCUUAGCCAGUGACAUUGUUUCUUUAAAAACCUCAACAUCCUGAUUUUCAAGACUGCCAGUAUAAGUAGUCCAUCAUCGUCUGGAAAAAUUAUUUUAACCUGCAAAAAAUCAACUUUUUAUGCCCCAUCACAGAGGUUUUCAGAUUCUGAAAUCAGAUCAAAUGUUUUCAAGACCCAGGCUUGUGUAGCUAACAGCCAUCCCUAUAUAACUAGUAAUAAUUAAAUAUUUUAAUACUGUAUAUGAGCAUUUAACUUGGAGGUUAAUAAUAAUGUUAAUAUAAUGUUUGGCUUAGUGGCUCUUCAAUCACAGCUACCAACACUAGCCUCUGCCGCAGGCAACUCCUUUUGAAACGGUUACACUGACUGUGGAGGGUCUGAGAACCAGUAAAGGAGAAGAAGAAGAGGAGGAGUCACUGUCACUCCCUCUUCUCUCGCCAGUCUCCCACCCAUUCUCUAAGACAGGACUGUGAUGCCUGCAGAGGAGGCUAUACCAAUUCAAAAAGUCACCUAUUUUCUCUUCCUUAAAGACUAAAAGUAAUUUUCAUUUUCUCUUUUGAUUAUUUCUUGGAUGUUCAGACUGUGUGGAAUGCAUGGCCUGUAGUGAUAAUGUCGUCAGAGCUGGAUUGACGCCAAAGUUAAAGGAUGUAGAUACACUGUGUGAAAUGCUGGAUUAUAGUUGUCGCAGUAAAGAGGAGAACAUUUUCCCUUGUCAUCAAGAUCCAAAUGACCCUUACACAACAAUUUACGAUCCUCCUGUCCCGGACUUUGCUGUAGCGCGGAUUCAGGCAAGUGAAAGUUCCCGGUCACACAUUACGUUGUUCUUCCAAAGAUCAGGACCCUGUUAUUGUAUCCAGGGCUUUCACAAUGGAGGCCCUGUCAGGGGAGGGGGGAUACACAUGUCUCUUGUCUGAAUGAUUUCAAAACCUGUCAAUUCACGUAUUCAGGAAGAAGUCAUGUCCCUGUUGGUAUUUUCUCGGCUUUUUCGCUCUCGUUUUUGUCGCUGCUGGCUGUAUAGUUACAUAACCUUUCAAUAUCCCAUUUUUUGUAAAGCUUCACUUCUUUUGAAGAGCUCAUUAUUACGUUCCGACAACGGCGACGCCAAUGAAAAAAUCGCUGAAACAGUAAACUUUGCUUCCUUUCAAACUUUUUCGCCCUUAUGCCAAGUCACACAGUUACUUGAAAGUAGGGAAAUCAGCUAGGUUGUAACUGAAGAAAGAUAACCGCGUAAAAAAUAGUGAAAUUUAUCGCCUUGACGUUGUCGUUCUCAAUUCGUCUUUUCGAAAAUUGGUCAUAUCACGUCGUAGUUGUGCAAGAACGGUAAAGAAAUAUACAAAAAAGCGUAAUUCACGUGCAGAGUUGUUGUGUUGCUCACUAAGCUAAUGUGUUUAGACGUUCCCGGUGCCGUCGCCUUCGUAGUUCCGUAAGGUCCCUAAUGACCCAGCCUUAACGCGUAAACAGCCAUCGCGCAUUCGGGCCAUAAAUUGCGUUUAUGGUUCACUUCUAUUUUUUGGAUGGUUUCUGAUUUAAGUAUUGCGUGUCAAGUGAGAAAAAAAUCUGGCGCCCAGAGUAACCCAUCCUCGGAGACCCAGGGGCAGAUAGUGGGGGCAGGGAAAGUCUAAUCAGGCUGAAAAAAACGGCGCGAAGAAAAGCAAAGAACGGGGAGAUAGCCCCACUUUACCUUUUUUCGCGCUAUUUUUUCCCACCCGUUUAGACUUUCCCUUGCCCCCACUAUCUGCCCUUCCUUGGGUCUCCGAGGAUGAAAGUAGUGAUAACAAAUAAGAAAACAAAAUGAAGUAGAUGCUAAAGAAAUCCCUCUCAUGAUUUGUGUUCUGUUUUAGAUUCCAUCAAGCUGCUCCAUGUACAAGUUUCAAGCUUUAAAUGGGCCAAGUAUAGCUAUUGCGAUAUCUGGAUCAGGCAGCAUUGAUAAAUCCUUUGCAUCAAUUACAGUUAGACGUGGGACUGUAGUAUUUAUACCAGCUAACACAAGCUUUGACUUCAAAUGCGGCGGAGAAGACACUGAAAUUUACAGAGCAUAUUGUAUACUGAAAGAGCAAUAG